UCUUAAACGAGAACAAGAUUGAAGCGCGAGCGAACGUAAAAAUGCCACUGAGAAAAAAGUAGGCCUACAACCUGAAAUUCAAGCGGUCAGUUGUUAAACAAAAUGUUAAACUUCAAUAAUUGUUGGUAGUCAAGUUAUAUAGGCCAUUUAAUUAAUCUCUCAACAGCGUAAGCAUACCACAUUGUAAACCAUACCACAUUGGCGGGAAAACACAUCGGCGGGAAAACACGGCAUACGCCAUGGAUUCAGCCUCGUACGCGCUCGCGUGUGUGUGUGUGUGUUUAACUCUUUCUCUCUUUCUAGUAGUUUCAUGUCGUUUAUAUGUUCAAUUUAAAAGAAAAGAUAAACCUAGUCUAAUAUGUUGUUUCAUCUUCUAGAGACCAUCCAGAGAACUCAUUGCUUCGGUUUGAUUGACGUCUAUUGGCCCUGCAGCCUGCUGUUUUUUUUACCAUCCAAACCCCCCUACCCCAUCUUUCUCGCUACCCCCAAACCCCAUCUCCUCUUAUGGCGUUUUUGAUGUCUCUUUUUUGAGACCGCUCAGUAAAACGGCUUGCCUAUCCUCUACCUGUCUCUACCCUAUUUCUCUCUAACUUAUUUACCGCUAUCAUUACGGCAUUCUCAUUUCUAAAGUACUUGAAAUGAACAAAAAAACCGAACUAAAAAAACCCUGAGCCAAUGAAAAAACCCAGAGCCAUUGAAAAAAACCCAGAAACUUGAAAAAAAAAAAAAUCUUUCUUUUUGAAAUAGAAAGUACCAUCUCACUACAAACUGGUUUGUUUUGAGAAAUCUCCUCCUGUACCUAUUGUCACACUCUGUACCUACUGUCACACUCCCUGUAGUUCACGCUGAAGAGAUGCCAAAGAAAAGCAAGAGAUCCCAAGCGGCUAAAGUAAGGUGGAGUAAGUCUGGUGAGUUUCCGCUCAAAACACAAGCUGAACAUGUGCAGAAUUGUGAUCCUGACAGCAACAGAGAAGUACAUUUUCCUGACCAUUCUCAUGCUAAUGUGACAUGUGUGUUAGCAUCCUACAGUCAGAGCCAUCAUAGAUAUAUUGAUUCAAAAAACAGUCAGUGCACCUGCAACUCUGUGACAUUUCUAGCUUUCCUGCACGAGUUACAUCACCUGCAAAGCGCAGACCUUGAUCAGAUUUUGGAUCGCGGCCAUGCAAUGUAUGCCCUUACACUGGGACAGUUAUGUGUCGAUGGAACAAUGGUGCAUGGACACUUGAAUAUACAGGAACUCCCUGAGAUUGUUUUUGGCCAAAGACAGCAGCAUGUGCUGACAAAGUGUAACUCAAUGUAUGGAACGUUUGUAUCUUCUCCUGAAGUAGGCGAAUACCUCAACCUUGCAGCGAGACUUCAGUGCUUGACCUCUGACGUGAACUCCGCUCUGCUGGUAAUGACCUCUCAGUGCAUCGCUGUUUUCCGAGACCGGCAUGGAAGGUAUGGCUAUUUUGACCCACACACUAGACGACCUGAUGGACUUCCCUCUGGCCCAGAUGUACCCGGCACAGCUGUCAUGUUGACUUUCACGCAUUUAAAAGACCUGGUAAAAAAGUUGAUCGCAAGCUUUACUAUGUUAGGCUCCAGCCCUUAUGCACCAUAUGAGCUCGUUCCUGUGCUUUUUAACAGUGAGGAUGAAUUCUCUGUGGAUGGAGUUUUGGCAAAUGUAGACUCUAAUGCAGAUACUACUGAGUGCUCUCCCUGUGAUGACAUAUCAGACGCAAUUGAACUCAUGCACGUUUGUAGCGGUGAAGUUACGGUGGAAUGCGAUACAUCUGACAAACCCCAACAGAUGCCAAAUCUAUCAAAAUAUUCAAAAGAACAAAGGGUAAGGUUCGAAAAAAGACUAAAGGCUUUGGAGGUGACGAAAGCUAAACAUAGCAAAAAUGUUGAAACUGCAAAACAAAAAAAAUAUCGAAAAGAGAGGGAAAGGUAUGCUAAAGAUAAAUAUGUAGACAAAAAGAGAUCCUGUGAAACCAACAGUUACAGAAAAAAAAAGAUGUCCUACAUAGCCACUCGCUAUCAAAGAGACUCUAACUAUAAGCAGAGGCAGAGCUACAUCAGCAAGGCCGAGCACGGUUUAAGCGAAUACCUUAAGACAAUGAUUGAGAACUCAAAUCAUGAAAAUCUCAAUGAAAGUGACGAGAUGAAACAAGUGAUGCAGGCGUACUCCAAAAAAAGAGAGGUCAGUGCUCAAGAGUGCGUCGCUCGUGCAUGUAGUCUGAACAUGAAACGGUGUUCCCGCAGCGUGAUAUUUGUACAGACCGAUGACAACCCGCUGAAAAUGAGUUAUCCCAUGUCGCACCUAGAGAACAAAACACCAGACUCGGUUAAUGUGUGGAUGACAGGCUUACCCGACAAGUACAAAUCGAGACCAGAAUCGCCAGAGUUUGAGUCAAUGUGUUUGGCUGAUUUCGCUGCCACUUGUAGAAUUGUCUAUGGCAAACAGGCCCAAGGUGCAAAAGCUAUUCCCCUGCUCAAUGAAAUGGGAUUCGUUCAGAAGAGAACAAAGGAUAAGCCCGCUGUCAUCAAGUAUUACCAUGUCUCGCAGGAAAAGAAACCUGAGCAAUUUCACGGCACAUUGCUAAAGCUUUACCUGCCUUAUCGCUCAGAGACACAGCUCAAGUCCAUAAACUUCCCCACUUACAAGUCCUUCCAUGACCAUGCAGGCGUUCAGCUACCUGGUUCAGAGUACGCCGAGCUAGUGUCUGACAUUGUGAAACGAAACCGAGAGAAAUAUGAGAAACACAGGGAAGACAUCGAUAGUGCCAUCGCAGAGUACGAACAGAAUGGUUGCAUAAGAAACGAAUGGUGUAAUCUGGCUCCUGAAUGUGAACUGCAAAGGUUAGAGUGCAUUGAAGAACUUGACGCGAGACCAGCCGAUGAGGAUAACGUCCAAGAGAAUGUGCCAGACUACAACCUUAGAUAA